GUUUUGCAACGAAGCCACCAAUUUGGAGAAAUAUCUCCCCUCUGUUUUCGCAGCGCGUGUGUUUUGUGCAUGUGCGAGCGCUCAUUUUUUUUUCCUUCAAACAUAUUUACAUUUUCUUUCUUUUUUUUUAAAUCCUGGGGCUGGAGAGAGCGGAGCCAGGGAGAGGCGGGGACCUUAGAGUAACGCUGCGCAGUGAGGGCUCCCGCGGGUGUAGACGUGGGCGGCUGCGGCUUUGGGCCAAAGCUGAGCACCGGCAAAGAGUGGGGCUUAGGGACCCGGCAACCACGAGUAGGCCAGGGGUGCGGGGAGGAGCCCUGAUGUAAGAAUGUUAAUGAGAGGCUCCCCCAGCCCAGCCCCCACCCCACCCCUCCCCACCCUCACCCACCCCACCCGUUGCAGAGACAAGCCCGGCCUCGGCGCGCCAUGUGUGGUAACGCGCUGCGCCGCUGCCACGCUAUUUAAACACCGGCUAUGGAUCCAGAAACCCGCGCGAAUCAAUGGGAUCAAACGCGAAGGAGGUGCACCGUCAAUUACAAGCACUUGGACAAGUUUAACUUCUUUUUCUUUUACAAAUAAGGCCUUCAAACGCAACCUUAGCAACGCCCAAAUAAGAAGCCACCUCUAAGCCAAAUAGCCUAUGUGCAAAGGAAGGGAGAAUAUAUAUAUACAUAUAUAUAUAUAUAUAUAUAUAUAUAUAUAUAUUUAUAAUAAGUCUAUAUGUAUAUUACAGACGCACAGGUUUACAUUCUGUGAACUUUUUUCUUUUUUCUUUCUUUGCUUUUUUUUUUUUUAAGCCUAGGGAUAUUGCAGAGGAGUCUUCCUCUCUAUCUUUUGGCGCGUUACUGAAGGGGGUAUUCUGUUUUCUUGGAGCGCCUAAGGGGGCGCAGGGACAGAGGAAAGAAAAGAGCAGGGAGGAAAGGGGCAGGGUGGGUGGGGGGCAGAGGGCGAGCCGGUGGCCAGGGCGAGCGCUUGCUGGCAACAGGAUGCGGUCCCUGCUGCUGUUCACUUUCUCGGCGUGCGUGCUGCUGGCCCGGGCGCUGCUGGCUGGCGGUGCGAGUAGUGGCGGUGGGGACACCGGGCCAGGCAACAGGCGCCGGGAGAGAGAGGCGCUGGCGGCUCAAAAGAUCGAGGUGCUUGUGCUAUUGCCCCGGGACGAUUCGUACUUGUUCUCGCUGGCCCGGGUGAGGCCGGCCAUCGAGUACGCGCUGCGUAGCGUGGAGGGCAAUGGCACCGGCAGGAAGCUGCUGCCGCCCGGCACUCGCUUCCAGGUGGCCUAUGAAGACUCUGACUGUGGCAACCGCGCGCUCUUCAGUUUGGUGGACCGCGUGGCGGCGGCGCGCGGCGCCAAGCCGGACCUCAUCCUGGGUCCGGUGUGCGAGUACGCUGCGGCGCCGGUGGCCCGGCUGGCGUCUCACUGGGACCUGCCGAUGCUGUCCGCAGGAGCGCUGGCCGCGGGUUUCCAGCACAAGGACACGGAGUACUCGCACCUCACGCGCGUGGCGCCUGCCUACGCCAAGAUGGGAGAGAUGAUGCUCGCUCUGUUCCGCCACCACCACUGGAGCCGCGCUGCCCUGCUCUACAGCGACGACAAACUCGAGAGAAACUGCUACUUCACUCUCGAGGGGGUCCACGAGGUUUUCCAGGAGGAGGGCUUGCACACGUCUGCCUACAAUUUCGACGAGACCAAAGACUUGGACCUGGACGACAUAGUGCGCUACAUCCAGGGCAGUGAGCGAGUGGUGAUCAUGUGUGCCAGUGGUGACACCAUUCGGAGAAUCAUGUUGGCGGUGCACAGACACGGCAUGACCAGUGGAGACUACGCUUUCUUCAACAUUGAACUCUUCAACAGUUCUUCUUACGGAGAUGGCUCGUGGAAGAGAGGGGACAAACACGACUUUGAAGCUAAGCAAGCUUACUCAUCCCUCCAAACAGUCACCCUGCUGAGGACCGCGAAGCCUGAGUUUGAGAAGUUUUCCAUGGAGGUGAAAAGUUCUGUUGAGAAACAAGGGCUCAAUGAGGAGGAUUACGUGAACAUGUUCGUUGAAGGCUUCCAUGAUGCCAUCCUCCUCUACGUUCUGGCUUUGCAUGAAGUGCUCAGAGCUGGCUACAGCAAGAAGGAUGGGGGGAAAAUCAUCCAGCAGACUUGGAACAGGACAUUUGAAGGUAUCGCCGGGCAGGUGUCCAUAGAUGCUAAUGGGGAUCGGUAUGGAGACUUCUCUGUGGUUGCCAUGACUGAUACAGAAGCAGGUACCCAGGAGGUCAUUGGUGAUUACUUUGGAAAAGAAGGCCGGUUCAAAAUGCGAUCCAAUGUCAAAUAUCCUUGGGGCUCUUUGAAAUUGAGAAUAGAUGAAACCAGAAUUGUGGAGCACACCAACAGCUCUCCUUGCAAAUCAUCAGGUGGCCUAGAAGAAUCAGCAGUGACAGGAAUUGUUGUGGGGGCCCUACUAGGUGCUGGUUUGCUAAUGGCCUUCUACUUUUUCAGGAAGAAAUACAGAAUAACCAUUGAGAGGCGAAAUCACCAAGAAGAAAGCAACAUUGGGAAACAUCGAGAGCUGCGGGAAGAUUCCAUCAGAUCACAUUUUUCGGUGGCUUAAAAGAAAUGCCCCCCUUGCUUUGUCUGCUUGAGAUUCCUUAAAGAGAUAGUUGAAGGACAGACAUCAAUGGAACAGAAAGGGUGUUCUUGGAGAAUUCAUUCUUUUAAGCAGUAGUCAUUUCAUUUUAAAUUUUCUUUAGAAGCUCAGGAAUGAUUAUUAAUCACUAUCUGCCUUCUGGUCUUUCAUCUCAUGGCAAACAGAUAUAAUUAUAUAACGUAAUCCUGUUAAGUGUUCUGGCUGUUGGAGGGGCAUCGGAGUAGAUUUAUGUCUCGAAAGUCUGGAGUCUCCAUAUCUUGAUUGCUUUGGGGGUAUUUCACACAAGGUUAUAAAAAUGUGGUUUUUCCAAAAUGAAAUGUUUUGUAGCUAGAAUAAAACAAUUUUUACAAGUAGAAUAUUCUUGGAAAGAAUUUAACACCCAAUAAGAGGACAAAGGAAUGAGAGAAAUCUCAAGGCUGGGAAUGCAUGCCCCUCUCUCUGGAGUUGGGGAACAGGUUUGUGGUUGCCGAGGGCUUCGUCCAACGUCCACAUUCAGGUCUGACUUCAUAUCUCAAGAAAGGAUCCUCCCUGUCUCUUUUAGUGUCUCAUCAAAGCUACUCUGGAAAUCUGUAAAUACUAGUGAGUUAGGUGGAUUUAUAUAAAAAAAUCAGUCUAAAAUGUUUCUUUUAUGAUGUAAAAAAAAGCCCUACUUCAUACUAACAUUUUAUUUUUAAGUAUUUUAAUCUUAUAUUUUGGUAUUAGAAAUGUGUCUAUUUUUUCAUUUUGAAGAUUAAAUUUCACUUAUAUUUUAAGAGCAUGGAGGAGGCGUGUGACAAAUCUGUGGUGAGGGAGGACUGGUUCUCUUUUUCUCUGCUGUUCUCUUUCUUGGCUGUGGCUAAUACUAACCUCGCUGCUCUGACUGAAGAUGGGGAGAAGUCUGUUGAGCUUACAGUAUCUGAAGCAUUAGAUUGAUGUUAAGCUGUUGUUCAUUUUCGACCGCUUUAAAAUGUAUGUUAUUGGAGGGCUACAUCCCUUCUGAACUAUGGUCGAAUGAUGCACUUCAAAACCAGUAGACUUCAGCAGAAUCUAUAAAGAAACACAACCCCUUUCCCUCCAGAACAAGCAGACAGUGAGAAUUCGACAGCAAGAUACAGUGAUGAUACAUUUUAAAAAACUGCACACAAUUUAUCAAAAUCUGAGGUGAUGAUUUUGAUUAAAAAAGAGAACGUUGGUAGGUGCUGUGUCCCUUUAACCUCAUAGAGUUUUACAGCCACCACAAAUCACCCAUAGCUUGGACAGUGAUCUAGGACAGACAAGGGCAGCAUGGCCAGGACUGAGAGCCAACCUUUGCUGGGUAUCGGCUUUGCGCUCGGUUCUGUGUGCGGAGGUUUAAAUUUGGGUUCCUAGUUUAUCAUUCGAGGAGGGAACAAGGGGACAGUCUUGUAAUUACGCUUCUCUUGGUAACAUUUUUGAGCAUCUGAAACCCAGUUUGAAGGGGAGGAAUUAAGUAACUCCUUGGAUAUCCGUUCAGGUUAACUGUAGAGAAAGUCAGGCAAGCGCAGCAAGCUCUGAAAGCUAGCUCCCCGGGGAAGGAGUGUGUCACACCUCAUUCUCGGUUAAGUCAAAGUGAAUGACCUGCCUCUGUGAGGGGUGCAUUUCUUUAUGGCUCAGGAAAUGGGAUGCAAACCUCAUGAUAAAAUGAAUUAGCUCUUGAACCAUGGAAGGAGGUACAUUGUGGUUCUGCACGUGGGAUAUUGAGGGAAAAAAAUGCUGACUUCCAAAAGAGCAGAAAAAGUAGGCCAGAAAGGUAAACUUCAAAAAUGCUAAUCUAGGAGGAGAGCUUGUGGAGCACAACUCAGGAAGGCUGCGGCUGAUGGUCAGAGACGCACCUAAUGGAGACAGAUGAGCGGACUGCAACCACCCCAGUCCUUAGAGCCAGAGGGCUGUUUGUUUCUCUCUUUUUCAACGACGUUUUCCCCUGUGUUUCAGAGAUACUCAUUUUCUGAUGUUUAUUUUUUUUGAACCUGUGUGUUAAUUACAGGAGGGUGGUGGUGGGGAAAGUUCUCUACCUGGCUAUAUUCCUUGGGUGUAGAUAUUUCUAGUCCUUUCUUGAGUUUAUAUGGUGACCCAUUAAUGGCAGUGUUGUUACUACAAGUAUCUUUUAUUUUUGCUCUAGCUAGAGGAAUUGUUCUAAGGUUAGUAGCAUAGUCCCAGAUUAGAUGUUAAAGAUGAGAAGGAAGCUAGCCUUUAAAAAAAAAAAGGCAGGGUUAAUCAUGAGGUCCCUGGAGUCCUUUCUUACAAUGUUAAAGCAAUUCUAGUAUUAUUAAGGUUGAUUGCUCAUUUACAUGUCUGCUGUAUGGUUUGUCUUUCUUGAAUGUCUUUACAUGACUAGGCAAAGUGGCACAUGUCUUCAAUCCCAGUACUUGGGAGGUGGAAGCAGGGGAAUAUCUAUGAGUUCAGGGCCAGACUGGAUUCCAGAGUGAGUUUCAGGUCAGCUGUAGUUGCACAGUUAGUCCUUGUCUCGGAAAAAUAAGUCUUCAUAUGAGUUUCUAAAAUGAAGUUCUGAAAACACCACUAAGUUGGGAAACCUUCGCUGAGGCUGUAGAUGUUUGUUCCGUGAUGGCCCUGGGUUAAGCACUCUUGGUAUUGUAUUGUAGAACUCAAAUUCCUCACUGCAAAGCAACUACUUUGACAAUUAUUCAUAAUCUGUCAGUAGUCAAUGUUAUAUAAUAAACAAAAUGGAACUUUAGUUCUUAAGCCAUUCUAUAAUUUUUUACUCUUAAGUCCAAUGAUCAAGGUUUCAAAGGGUGAGUAUUUUAUUAGCAUUUUUCAUAUUUGGUCAAAUAUAAGUUCAUAUGCACGCUAAAAUAAGCAUAUACUUGUGGUGAUGGAAAUAAACACGAAUUUUACAGCCAAUGUUAUUGUCUUAGAUUUGAGAGAGAAGCUGAACUCAGAAAUAGAACUUUCUGGGUAGAGUCAUAUCUAUUCCCAGCACAGAGGUUUCACAUGGACUCCGUCAACAUGCAUUGUUUUGAGGAGCCAUCUGCGUGUCUUUUCCUGAACCACGGACAGAACUCCACAUGUCUUGAAAUGGUUGUUUACAUUUCAGAACUCAUGGAGGAGAGGGGAAUCCUAUGGAAUGAGAGCAGAUGCCCCACCCCCACUUCCUCUUUCUCUUGAAGAAAAAGCUUUUGGAAUGACAAGUCACUUCCCCCUGCUUACAGGCACCCUGCCCCUUUGCUGAAGGCACAUCUGCCUGUGUCCCUAACUUGCCUCUUUUCCUCUGGUUGGGACUGAUUGGAGGAGUCUAAGACAGGCAGUGGGAAGUGAAAAGGGAGGCCUUGUAUAUCUCGGACAGACACAGAGCGGGUUCAGAAGCUGUUUCCAGUGGAGCCAUUGCUUCUUGAAGCAGAGUUACUUGGGCAGGUUCUUUUAGAUGUGUAUGCGUGCGCGCAUGCAUGCAUAUUUAAGAAAAAGAGACCGAAGGAACAGUGUUCAUAAAUUGGAAAAUACUAGGGCCUAAGUUUCUUGAGACACAAAGAACUCAGAUCCCUAGUGGGUGCAACUAUGAAGGUAAAUGCCUAUUGACAUUUGGCUCUAAACCUACAUGGCAUGUUUUAUUUGUUACACCCCAUGGUUCAGGACUUCAGAAGACAGCUGCUAAUGAGCUGAAUUUCUUAGUCAGUGGGAAAAAAUGGAAACUGUCUAGAAACACAGGAUGCUUUAGGGGCAGCAUAGAAGUAGGGAGAAUGAGCCAGCCCCACUGGAGGGUUCCAUCUCUGAAGUUGGUCUUUAGAAUGGAAGAAUAAGGAACAGUUUAGACCUUCUUCAAUAGCCAGUCUCCACAAGAAGUGCUGGACAUGCCUGAGAGAAGAACCAGGAGCUUAUGCCUCCGAGGUGACAGGGGAGGUGACAGGGAGAAGAAGUUUGAAGCGGACACAGGCUCUACUGUUCUUCCCGGAGUCCCACCUGCCAUCCAUCGCAUUUCUAUGGAGGUGUCAGCAGCUUUCCCAUGCAGGUCGGAACUUGUGAGGAGGCCUCCGCACUUACUCAGAGACACAGACAAAACAGCACCACUGUGAGGAGGUAGCUGACAGUAUCUUGGCCAUGCAUGCUCUCAGACAGUUCACAUCUGUGAUUUUCAUGUAAACCAGGGAGCUGGACUUUGUUCUCAGCCUACGGGUUUUUCAGACGUCUCCCGCAGGCCUAUGGGAUGAACAGAAUCCUCAAAAGGCACUGAAUUGGAGGUUGUUCAAAUCUCUCAUUAACCACUAAUGUUCAUUCAUCCCAAACUCAGAGCAUUCUGAGCCAGCAGAUGCAGGCAUUUCUGUUUUAAGUCACUUCAAACAUAAUUGAAAGGAUUUCACUGAGAGCAGACUCUCAGAGGUAAAAAUAAAUAUGUCACAAAAACUCUUUGGUAUAUGAGGUAUCCUAUGAUUCCUGGUGGAAAGAUUUGAACAAGUAGACUUUCGAGUUAAUAAAACAUGUUCCAUUUCUUUGAUUCAUAUUUAAAGACAUAAAUUUAUAUGCACAGGGAUAAAGAGUCCAUUUGCCAAGUGUGAAUCAUAACAGGCCACCAAGUUCAUUUUUAUUUUCUAGAACAAAAGUGUCACUUAUUAUUGGGUAGAGAAAGAGUUAUUUCUGCAGAGAAAGAAGAAAACGUGGAUUUUGACAUGGACCAUCUUAUCCAUUAUUCAAUGCCUGUGCCUGAACAUGUUCAGUGUGGUGUAGCCUAUAAGUCAGCAAGGAAGUGCCCUCGAACUGUAGAGAAUCAGAGCUUUGUUCCCUGGGCAGAGCUCAAACACCAGGGGGUCAUGAGCUAGGCACUGCAGGUCAGCCCCACAGCCUGUGUCUUUUGAGCCAUUUUGUUCAUGGAUAAUUUAAAUAUAGGACCACCAAACAAUAAAAACUUACCAUGAAUCUGGCAGAAAACUCAAGGCCACACUAGCUACAUAUAGUUUACUAUUCUGAUGUAAGUAGAACUAUCUGCAUAUAAUGUGAUUUAAUUUAUUGUUGUUCUGUGUAGAAAGCAAGGAUUAAUGAUUGUGGAUAUAACCCUGUUUUGUAUAAUAUAUUUGAUUUCUGGUGCAAAAUUGGUCAUUUAAGCAAUCUACUUCAUUUGGUGUUUGGAUAUAAAUGUGUAUGUGUUCUUGUAAAGGUUCAUAUUCAGCAAGAAUAUCACAUAGCUAAGUAUAACAAUAUGUUCUCAUUAAAAGUAUAAGUUACAGAAA